AUGGGGAAGCUGCUCCAAGGCGUGCCCCACUAUGACAUAAAGUUAUGCAGUAGCUUGCAGUUAGCUGUCAAUUAUUAUCAUUUUGACUUCGCAUCGGAGCUCGAUGGACUUGCAAGGGAGAACGUCCUCCAGUCCUCUCCCCAAACUUUAAGUUUCGCCUGGGAAAGUCUCCAAAAGUAA